AUGCCACGCCGCUUGUGUGUAGUGAUGAGAAGAAGGCAAGUAGAUGUCGUUGCACUCUACACCGAUCCUUGCGGAGGCUCUACGUUGCCGCUGCUGGAAAACUACGCACUUCCUCUCCGAAAUGGCAGCUUCAUGGCGUACAGGUGUACCCCUCCCACCUCGCCUCUCCGGGCUUUAACGCAUGAAGUAACAGCGCCGCGACUUGUGCAUUUGCGAGCUGUGGCUCCCACGGUCAUGCUCGUUCAGCGUUGCUUCCGGUCGUCAUUUUCGUCGCAGCGCCACCCAAGUACUGCCUCGACUACUGCUGCGCACGACAAGGACAACACUGACGAUUGGUCCAGUAUUGAGGUUGAAGUUUUGAUGCCGGAGCCGGAGCUGGCCGCCUCUGGCAACUCUAGGACAGUAUUCACGACUGAUGGCGCCGCGGUUGCUGGUCAUUCUUCAUGUGUCUCUCCAACGGGCAGCAGCAGAUUGGCUACAACAAUAGAGACGAUUGACACAAUCGACUCGUACGCCAAGGCGAAGGUGAGCAAUUUUGUGCGACGCUUACUGCAGCCAUCGGCCUCUGGUGCCAGUGGCGCUACCCCCUCCUCCUCUGUUGUCGACUUGGAGGUGCGGCAGGUGCAGGGAUGCGGCAAGGCAGCGCAGUACCAUGCUCGCUGGCGGCUGCCACUGCCGGUGGAGUUCGGUGAGCGCUACGGGGAAGGAUUUGCACCGACAGCCAAGGAGGCUGAGGCAGUGGCUGCCAUGCAUGCCGAACGUGUCAUCGAUGCACUGGGCUUUCAGCUGUUUCAGCUUUCAUCAAAGCAGCGCAAGCACGCGGAGGCAGCGCGGGCGGCAGGGCGGUGGGCUCCGAUGCCCGCGGCCAACAUCAUCACCGCCGCGUCUUCGAGUGACGCGCCAAUCACAGCUGCGGAAGUGGUACCACCACCUGACACCCCGUCGCCGCCGCCGCUGCAGCUGCUGGGAUUGUCUGCGCAACAACGGCAGGAGAAGGAACUCCAAAUCGAUCGCGUUCAUUUCUCCCCGGUGCAGCGCGGCGGCUUCGCUCCUCUCGCCUUCACGUUGGCAUCCCCUCACUAUUUUGACUCGAGCAGCCACGUGCGCAUCGAGCGCUUCUUUCGAGUUCAUCGAACUUCGUUAAAGGCGAACUUGCGUCUUGUAUUGUUGAAAGGCUGCCGCAGUGGCGCCAUGAAGGAUGAUGAUGCCGACAAGGGUUCGAAGACGCGCCAGCGCUUGAGCAUGCCGGAAGGCCUCUUCCUUGCACAGCUCAUCCUUCCCUUGCCUGUACGCUUUGGCAAGCGUGUCGCCAUGGGAAAAGCCCCUACUCGCAAAGAGGCCGUCUUGCUCGCCUGCAUGCACGCGGAGCUCAUCAUCGACGCUGUGGGCUUCGCUCUUUACCCCGACAACCGUGAGAAUCAGGCCGUCCACGCCGUAGAGUGCGCAAAGAUGCAGCGCUGGUGCGCGCAACCGGGCGACUUCACAUACAGGUAUGCCGCUCCUUCCCCGCCGCCGAUGGAGCUGGUGGAGGAGCUUCACCCGUCUACGGUUGCGGCAGCAACAGUGGUGACGCCGGGGCCUGGUAGAGCCGUAAUCGAGGCGCCACUCUACUCGCGGGCGGCUGACGGAAUGACCUACUCUCGCAGAGACGGAGGGGGCUCAGGUGCCUCUCCUUCACCAAGGAGCGCUGUUGGGGCUCGCGCCGGCACCGCGCCGCCCUCUGAGGAGUCCAUAUUGCUGCAGCAUCAGCAAGCGAUGUUGGCGGUGCGCUAUUUUAUAGACGAGCCGUCGCUGCGUGACUUUGAGUCAGCGCAUUUGCUUCUGGAGCGCUACGUGGGCCAGUUUGUCUCGCAGCCCGCGCCGCACGCUGAAGACACUGCCUACACAUCAGCAACCUCCCCAACCAACUUUCUUUUGGCCGAGCUCAUGCUUGUAGAGGAAUUAGGCCAGCGCGACCGACGCGUCUUUCGGGCCACCAUCACGGUGCCGCUCUCCACACCAGGGGCAGCGUUGACUGCGGAACAGGAUGUCGACGCCAGUUCACCGCUUCCCUACACACAGUCGUUCGUUGCCAUUGGUGUGUCCUACACACAUCGUCUUGCUGAGGUGGCUGCUGCCGUGCACGCACUGCGCACACUGGCGGCAUUGAAUCGCCUCUGUCUGGUACGCGGCAAUGCUGCUAUGGCGCAGGCGCUGGAAUCCUUCGCGAUGCGGGCACAGAUCCCUCUCUACGACCCGGCGCAGCCCAUGCUUGACCCGUCCCAGCUCCCGCCAGAGUCCCUGCCAGCACCGGUGCGGGCCAUGGAGGGCUUUGUGGGCCGUAUCGCAGCCUCGGGGCUGAAUCUCAGAGAACGUAGGCACUUGUCCAAGGCUGUGGAUGCAGAGAAUGCGAGAGGCCGCUUUUCAGCUCGCAUCGCGCUGCUAUCCGAAGAAGCGGGAACGCUCGUGAACACACUCAACCGCGAAGAUGACCUUUUGCGGGAGCUGCGUGCAUGUCAAGAGCGGCUGCCCCGCAUGCACUGGGACGCGGCGCCAGACGCUGAUGGCCGCAUUAUCGUGUCACCUGACCAGGAUGUUCACAAGAGCCGUAUGUACAAUCACACGCUCUCGUCCGUGCGCCAGCCUGAUGUAAUGGCAACCACUCGCUUACGCGACUACCUGGAGCGCCACGGCAAGUCGCCCGAUAUGGCGCUCUCUAUCGUGCGCGCGUGCAGCAAGCGAGAAGGCUCAGAAGAUGGCGCACUGUAUGUUGCGAAGGUGGUGCUGCCCGUCACGCUGCGCCACCGUCCCAAAGCAAAGAGGAGGCCACCGUUGGUGGACGAGAGUCACACUGACGCGCUAUCAUCCAUCUCUUCGCCGUCGUCAGAGCCGCAACCACCGAUGCCGGAGUACAUAGCGCAAGGUGAGGGCCCCACCCGCGACGAUGCAGUUCUUCUGUGCGCAGCGCACGCAGAGAUGCUGCUCGAUGCAGCAGGCCAGCCGCUCUACGAUCACCCGCUCCUGCAAAGAAAGCACGCCGACACGGCGCGAGCGCUCGGGCGCUGGGCACCGUUGGUACGCGGCGCAGCCUUGCCUCCAGAGUCACUCCGUCGCAUACCGCCGCCGCUGCGCAAGGUUACGAGCGAAAGUGCAGUGUGGGCUCGCGUGCAAGAACAGCGGCGCACCUCGACAUGUGAGGCGGUCACGACGGAUUCCGCUGAGCAUGAGGCUGGUAUGCCGUCGAUAGCCUCGUCUACGAGCAGUGCACACGCGGGUGCGACAGCGCCAGCCAGCGCUGCUGGUGUGGACGAUGAAGCGCUGUGUGACAUUGCUAGUCUCCAAUUUGUCUACCACACAGACAUUAGUCAAAGGGCGCUUCGCCAGGUAGCAGAGUAUUUCGCGAACAACGGCUCCGACGUUUAUCGGAUGGUACGUCAGUACGCGGUACGACACCCAGAGCUUGGAACGAUACAUCGGGCCAUUGUGGAGAUGCCUUUGCCAGCGUCAUACGGUCGGCGGUACGCCGUUGGCUGUGGUGCUACAAAGCGUCAGGCGCUUUUCCUCUGCUGCAAGCACGCCUUGCUCAUUCUGGACGCCCUGCGCAUCCCCGUCUUCAGCCAGUAUGGUCGACAGCGAAGGUACGCACGGGCUGCGGCGGUCACGGGACGCGAUGCACCCCUUUCCGGCAAAGCCCGCGGAUCAAGUGACACGCCGUCUCCUCCAGGACUCUACUAUCUCACAACGUGCGCCGCCGCAAAGGAAAAGCCUCCAGAGGUACCAAAACUCCCUACCUUCAGAGACCGUAGGGUCUUAACCUUGUGGAGCACCUUUGUGCAGCACUGUGCGUCGUACGUGACGCGCAGGCGUGAGACGCGGGUGAUGGAGGCAGUCGGUGUGGCAGGAAGCCCAAGAGUGCCUCGCUCAAAUCUCGUUGCGGAGGACGUCACGUCGGACGUUGCCGGUGACAUGCCGAGUGACAAGUUUGCGCGGCGGCAACUAGGAGACCUGUGCCGCACUGCUAGACUGCCUGACCCCACAGACAACGCGCCGUCGCAGUCUCUGGCACUCUCUUUAAACGAACGGCGUUUCUUUACCUGCAAGGAGCUUGUCGGGACACCGUAUACGAUGCGUGGUGUCAGCGACGUGACGCCGGCAGACAGUCGCCACCGCGCCUUUGGGCACGGCAUUCAGCUCCUUCUCCUUGUCGUGCGUCCAAACAGCGUCAGUACGCCGACGCCGCGCCGCAGCUGGUGGGACGGGCAGCAACGUACCUUGUGCAUCAUCGACCUCGUGAGGAAUCAGAUCACGCCACACGGCUGCCUGUGGGUGCUUCGGAUGUGGGCCGCCAUGCACUACCCGCCGCUGUAUGUGCGCGUGAUGCUGCGAAAGGUGGAGCUGCCCGCGGAGGGGCGAGGCAAAGUAGAGACGCAUCCACACGAAUCAGCUGCCGCAACGCUCCCACAGCUGGCGUCGAGUAUGUCUGCGCCCGGCACGUCUUGCCUCCCUACUACCUAUCAGGGUAUCGCAUCAAUUGCGGAAUUCCGUGAUGGACGUGAACAAGUGUUGUAUUACGCUGUCUGUGAAACUGCCGGUGCCACCAUUACGACCCCUCCCGAUUCCGUCCACAGAGCGCUUCGGCAGCUGCUCAGCGAUGUCCAGCGAGUGCCGACGAUGCAAACACUCUACCGCUUUCUGUCGAAGCAGCCGCAGCUGCACAUCCCGUCUUUUCGCGUGCUAGCCGAUCCCGAGGACGUCGUCCAUCGGUUGCACGCGGAAGUGUGCCACUCUCAGAGCAGCGCACGGACCACCCAUCCUGCGGAGCCGCUGCCGGUUGGACAUGUUGCCGUUCUCUUGACUCUCCUGGCGCAUAAUGAGCGACCCACCGCUUACUUUUACACAACGUGGUGUGUAGAGAUGCUACAGAUGUGGGUGGGCGCCCUCAGCAGCGCCUAUGGAUGGGCUACCACGAAAGAGGGAGGGGCAGGCUGUGGUGAAACCCCGCACCACCCCCUUCCCUCGACACUGGAGUUAACCUUUGCGAGCUACGGCCUCGCCCGCGCGGCGCCGUCCUCAACGAAAGCACUGCCAACGCGAGCGAUGAGAUUCCGCACCGCUUCACCAGCGGUGCCCACGCCGCUCGCCGGCGCACUGGCGCUUCUUUGCCGGUGUCUUCCACAGCUUUCCGAUGUGCCGAUGAGCAAGGGAAACGGAAAGAAUGUUGCAGCAGCGCAGGUGGUCCGAAACACGGCGAGCUCGGUAGAGCGAGACCGUGCGCUACCGCUGCAGUUGGCUCACCUGAUCCUUAUGGGGCUGUUGUUAGGAUGCACCCCCUGGGCGGUGCGUGCGGCAGCGAUUGUGGCGUGUGCGGAGCACUCAUUGGAGUGGUAUGACAAACAUCAACUCUUGUCUGCCGGUGCCGCUGGCAGCGACACCUCCGCAGAGACGCCGCCACUGUCAAUCUCAAGCUUGGUGCCAUACGUCAGCGUGGACGUGACAGACGCGGUGUUGGCUUCGCUGGACACGACAGUUCCCCCUUUGCCGCAGGUGGUGCUCCGCUACGCCUCGGAGGUGGAGGAACGACUCGAGGCCCUGUGGGUGGAAGCCUCCGCCACAGCAGCUGCAGGGGAGACGUCACCUUUGCCGUGGUUGCAACCGCCAGAGGAGUGGUGCGCGUGUCUCGGCAAAGCAGACGCGAAGAAGCGACUUUCUUCACCAGAAACCGGCGUCCUCACAUUAGCAGAGCGUCGCAUUUUGCGCCCACUGCUGCAGUGUGCAGUUGCCACCUCAGCCGCCCCUCACGCGGUGUGGGUGCGUGCCGUUCGCCCGGGGAGGGAAGGCGACGGAGACGAGGUUGGCCAUGACGGUACCGGCGGAUCCUGGGACGAGACGGAGGCACCGGUGGCGCGCCUCAUUUUCCAACACAGACACGCUGCCCGCUACGCAGCCGUGCACGUGAGUACUCGCGACCUCACACAGGUGGAGACAAUUGAAUCGGCCAAGGACAUCUCCGAGAUGGCGACGUGCUUUACCGUCUUUGGCUGCGCUGUGUACCCUACCGAGUCGCUGAUGGCCUCGACACUGGAACAGGAACUGGCGUCUACGUUGUCACAUCUCUCGCACGCCGCAGGGGAUAUGGAGGAGGAAACACGCGCGAACGACGACGACGCGGAUGACGCCGCCUAUGCUGCAAAUGAAGAUGAAGGAGACGAAGACGAGGUUGGGAAGUUCGAUGACGCCGACGAUGACGACGAUGUCGACGUUGGCCAGUUCACGCGCGUCUUCGGGACGUGCGUCUCGCCGCUGGCCGCGGCGCUCGUCGCGGCGGCACCGACAAGGUCUGCGUCGCUGCAGUCGCAUCACUCCACAUCUGCUACGCCAGACGACGUGGUCGCUGGCGGUGCGCUGCGUGCGGUUGGCGAACACCUGCCCAUGUUGAUGACAGCGUUUCAAGAAACAGUGCCGCUUCUCGUGCACCGCCACGGCUCUGUACAGCUGUUGUCAAGCCUUUCUGCACAGCUGCGCUCACGCGUGGAGACGACGACCCCGUUCACACCGGAGGAACGGCGCGCCAUCUCUCAGCUUUUCACUUUGACUGUGCAGAGUGCCGCUGAUGGGGAGAGUCGUUGUGAUGAAGCGAUGUAG